UUCUGUCUUUCACUUGCUAAAUUCCAUUUCAUUCUGUCUUUGUUAUUCUAGUAAUAGAUGGAAGUGUUAGAAGACGGGCCUCUUUUGAAUUUCGGGCUCGCAAUCAUCAUCGAUUCGGGUUGUGAGAGAAGGUUGAAAAGAAAGAGAAGGGAGAGUUUUAAGUCGUUGGAUACAAAUGGAGUUUCUGAAGGAAAGAUGUUUAAUCUUUUAGAGACGAGAGAAUUGAUGUUGCAAAAAGGAAACAAAAGAAGAGAGGCGACCACCAGCGAAGAUGGAAAAGGUCUUCAUUUGAUUCAUUUAUUGCUCGUUUGCGCAACCUCUUUUGCAGAGAACAAACUCGACUCAACCAUCAAGAAUCUAAAGGAAAUGUAUGAAAAUGUAUCUUUGUAUGGUGACUCCGUGCAAAGGAUGGCAGCUUAUUUUGCCGACGGACUAGUAGCAAGGCUUCUCACUCGCCGAUCACCCUUUCAUGAGAUGAUAAUGAAGGAACCCACAGCCGAAGAGGAGUUCUUAGCCUACAUAGAACUCUACAAAGUAUCUCCUUAUUACCAGUUUGCUCAUUUUACCGCGAACCAAAUGAUCAUGGAAGCCUUCGAAAGGGAAGAAACAUACAAUAACCGGACAUUGCAUGUGGUAGACUUGGAUGUAGCCUACGGUUUCCAGUGGCCUUCCCUAAUGCAGUCACUUUCAGAGACGGGAAACCAUGUGUCUCUUCGAAUAACAGGGUUUGGGAAAACCGUAGAGGAACUCGAAGAGACAGAGGCAAGGUUAGUUGGUUUUGCCAAAACCUUUAGGAACCUAAGUUUUGAGUUCCAAGGAAUGCUCAGGUCAAAUUGUGGAGUGAAAUCAAUACGGAAGAGGGAGAAUGAGACAAUUGCUGUAAACUUAGUCUUUUAUUUAAAUUCCUUGGGCAACUUCAAAAGCAUAUCCGAUUUGUUAAAAUCGGUAUACAUGUUGAACCCGUCUGUGAUAGUUUUGAUUGAACAAGAAGGCAGCCGUAGCCCAAGAACAUUCUUGUCAAGAUUCAUCGAGUUCUUGCAUUACUACGCAGCAAUGUUUGAUUCACUAGAUGACUUUCUUCCUCUUGACAGUCUACAAAGGCUACAAAUUGAAAAGAACCAUCUCGGCAAAGAGAUAAAGCGGCUAAUGGAAUUUGAUAAUGACGAGGGCAGUUCACCACACUUCGAGAGGAUGGAAACAUGGAAAGGAAGGAUGGAAGGUCAUGGAUUUGAAGGGACGAGUCUAAGUUCAAAGUCGAUAAUUCAAGCCAAGCUUCUGUUAAAAAUCAAUAGCCAUUCCAGCCCAAUCCAGCUUGGUGGUGAAAAUGAAGGGUUUACCGCCUUUGAAAGAGAAGAGGGCAAUGCCAUUUCUCUGGCUUGGCAAGACAAAUGUCUGAUCACAGCAUCUGCAUGGCAAUGUGCAAGAGGAAGAUGAUCACCAACUUGAUCUACCUUGUAUUUUUGGUUUUUUGGCAUCCUCAACACUUUAUAACUUUGUAUAUAAAUAUAUAUUACGUGUAAUAAUACGGGUAUCGAGUGUGCAUAUUAAUGAAUGAUAAGUAAUUAUCAUUUCUGAAUUA